AGAUAGAACGACCCACGUUCUAGGCACAUUUUUACAAGACCGCAAGUCAAAAUGGCGGACGAGGUCGAGCAAGUUGCUGAGGGCGUGAAGGAGCUUGAAGUGGACGACAACGAUGAGCUGAGCCUGGACCUGGGCAAGAAGAAGAAAAAGAAGAAGAAGGAGCUCGUGCUCGGGGAUCUGGGCGAGGGCGGCGAUGCCCCUGCGGCACCCGCGCCGGCCCCGGAGGCUGACGACGGCAUGGAGAUGUCCCUGGACCUGGACCUGAGCAAGAAGAAGAAGAAAAAGAAGAAGACCCGCCAAGAGGAGGCGGACUUCGAGGAGGGCGAGGAGGCAGGAGCGGGCCCCGCCGAUGACGGUGGCGAGAAGAGCGCGGGGAAGUUCCCCUGGUCGGGCACUGACCGUGACUACGACUACGAGGAGCUGCUGGAGCGCGUGUUCGGCAUCCUGCGCGAGAAGAACCCUGAGCUGACCGGCGAGCGCCGCCGCACGGUGCUCAAGCCGCCGCAGGUGGCGCGCGAAGGCACCAAGAAGACGGUGUUCACCAACUUCAUGGACCUGUGCAAGGCCAUGAACCGCCAGCACGAGCACGUGUCCCAGUACCUGCUGGCGGAGCUGGGUACCUCCGGCAACCUGGACGGCCAGCAGCGGCUGAUCGUCAAGGGCCGCUUCCUGCCCAAGUCCUUCGAGACGGUGCUGCGCCGCUACGUGAACGAGUACGUGCUGUGCCCCGGCUGCAAGAGCGUGGACACGCUCCUAGAUAAAGACAGCGCCACGCGUCUGAUGCACCUGCGCUGCCAACAGUGCGGUGCGUCCAGGACGGUGCAGGCCAUCAAGGCCGGUUUCGUGGCGCGUGUCACCAAGCGUGUGGCGGACGCCAAGUAAAGCGGCGGUGGGCGGCGCUGGGCUGGCAGGAGGAUGUCUGUGUCGUGUUAUGGGGUCGUGAAGCACGCGGCGUGUGUGCAGGGUACUCAAAACAACUAGCAGGUGUGCACAGUCAGGUUGCGGCGUGUUAUGAUACGCAAGGAAAGCGGGAGCCUCUUUGUAUGGGCUCAUGAGGUGGAAGUUGCACUGACAAACGAAGGUUACCAUUAAAUUGGAUUUAACGUUGACGAGGAUGAGGCUGGACGCCAAAUGAUGAGUCGACGGGGACUCGGUAGGUAGGCUUGGGUUUCACAGGGCCCCCAUGCGCCCACACGCAGAAGUGGUCAUGUCGAACGGCAUGCAACAACAUGGUGUUACAUGCUGGUACCGAUAUGUGAGGCAGCUCAGUUGCGCAUUCACGUAAUGACAACAAGAUGCAGCGAUAUCGCCCAAGCAAGGCUCCAAUUUACAAGCGCUUCAGUCGCUGGACACCUCGGCAUCUCCUAGCCACAGUAAUCGCACU